AUGUCCUCGCACCCAGGAUUGGUUGGAUCGUAUUCAAACGUCCAGGAUUUGUAUCAAGGCCCUGUUAUGGGGCUGCUACAAGCAAGACUUGGUCUCGGGUACAGUGUCCAGCAUCAGAGAAACCUAACAGGCAAUGGGGUGGGCGGCACCCAGAGGCCAUUAAAGGAGAACAUAGCGGGACCGUUGGCCGAGGACAAAGGAGGCACGAAGACAAACGCAGAGCCCGUGUCUCCGUCGCAGAGUGAUGCCCCGGCGGCGACAAGGCCAGCUCAACUGCUACGCCUGGCCGUGGGCAGGUGCCCUCCCGAAAGCCCUGGGGAGAGGGCUGUGGUCCAGGCCAGCUGCAAGCUUCUCCCUCGGGAUCUCGAGAAAAGAACAGAGGGGCACCGAGAGCCGCUGUCGUCCCCAGCACGUGACAACGCAGGCAGCGGGGCGCGGGAGCGCCGGGGACCCAAACCACCGUCCGCACAAACCCGCGAAGCUGCCUGCGAGGUCUGCUCACUGCAGAACUGCCGCUGCCUGCCGUGGCCGACAGAAGCAGGCGGGCCGUGGAGCUGGACCUCCCGACGGCCGCCGCCAAGACUCACCUCCCAGGACCAGGAGGUUCCAGUGGGCAACUGCCGCGCGCCGCGCCGCUGCCAGCCGUCCCCCGACCCCGGCCGCUGCUCCGCGCCUGCGCAGCCCACAGCCUCAGCCUCCAUCUCCCAGCAGCCUUUGCGCCUCCUGCUUCCGCUCGCGGACUCGGGCACCGGCGCGUGGCGGCCGCCAGGGGGCAGCUGGGCCCGAGCCGACGCGGGUCUGGGUGUGAGCGGAGGCCCUGGGCAGGUGGAGAGCGCGCGGCGCGAGCGGGUUCCUGCACCAAGUUUGGCGGGCCUGGUCUUUCUGCUGAAUUGUACCUCCAGGGACUGUGCAGGCUGCCAGAAAUGUCAGGGAGAUCCUAGCCUUGUGCACGGCCUGUUGCAGCACUUCCUCUUCUACAUUGUUUUCCAGUUACCCUUUCCCAGGCGUGAUCAGAGGGUCACAGCCGAGAAGUUCCCCUCAAGGAGAAAAUAUUCCCCAACCAGCGGCCUGCCUGUGUCCAUUGGAUAUAAAUUCCCAAACAUGGAUUAUCAUCAGAAUCACAUGGAGGAGCUGCUGAAUCAAAAGGAAUCUACUGUAUUCUUCUCUCUGAAGACUGUCUUUCUCCUUUAUUACCUCAGUUCCUGGAUCCUGAAAUUUCCUUUAUUCAAAAGAGCAGCCCUGGAUGAACUAGAAUCUCCUAGUUCUAGUCUCAGAAUCUUAGAAAAGAGAGUCAGCUGGAUGACACUUGCAUUAAUAUCACCCAGAUAA